UAGUCACUCACGGCGAGGAAUAGGCUCCCAAGUUUCUCGAGUGAUCCCAUAGACGCAGGACAUUUCUUCCUCUUAGAGAACUAAAGAUAAAGAGAAAACUGAGCGAUUAUGAUUCGCGCGGCUACAAAAUGUUCAAGAGAAGCAGCCGCAACGAUUUGUGGCCGCACGACCUCUGCUAGAAGCAGCCUUGUUCGAUACUCGACGCCGUUGAGAUUGAUUCACGGUGAAAUCAGCGUUCCAAACGCGAAUCAUGUUGCUAUUCAGAUGGUUAAUUACGCUCUUUCCCACGCUAGGGCACAAAAAUCAGAUGAAUCUUAUGCUCAAGGGAUGCUAGUGCUUGAACAAUGCCUUGGGAAUCAACCGAACGAUGAUCAGGUUUCUCAAGAUUCCAAAGCAACAGUCUUGCUUGCUAUGUCUGAUCUAUUAUACGAAAGUGGGAACUCUAGUGAGGCCAUUGAACGCCUCAAGCAAGUCAUGACUCUGACACUGUCUUCGUUGGCUAUUAGAGUUGUUGCUGUGGAAGCCCUUGUGGGUCUGCUGAUUCAGUCAGGACAGGAUGAUGUUUCAUCGAAUGUUGCCGACGAAUUUCUGGAAUUGGUAAAAGGGAGAGGCCAUGAGAAUUUACAGGAUGUAGCUGCUACAGCCAAAACGAUCAAAGGCCUCGCUGAGCUUGUGAAAGGAAGUAUCGAAUCCGCCCAAUCUUUAUUUCUCGGACUUGAAAAUCAUGAAAUCUCCAAAGGUAACGUCGCACUUUCUUAUGGUGAAUUCUUGCACGCCACCGGAAACUUUGAAACGGCAAAGGAGAUGUAUCAAAAGGCAAUUCAAAUGGACACCAAAGAAUCUAUGUGUUCUUGCAACAUGAAUUUGAAGGCAGUCUCAUUGGCAGCCACAUUUGCUCUCGGGCAACUCGAGUCACACAUUGGAAACUUUGGUGAUGCGGAGGAAACUCUGACACGUGCACUGACAAGCGCUGAGGAACAUUACGGUCACAAUCAUCCUAAGGUUGGUGUAAUUUUAACUGGAGUAGCUCUGGUGUACCGAAACAAAGCAAAGCAAGAACACUCGAGUUCUAUCCUGAUUCAAGAGGGUCUCUUCAGAAGAGCAUUGGAGCUCAUGAAAGCACCUCCAUUGGAUUCAGAAGGGCCGACAAAUCUGGGAACUCAAGAAGUAAUGGCUCUAGCAAGAGGCGGCUAUGCAGAGCUAUUACUGAUUCAAGAGAACAGAAAAAGCGAAGGAGAGAAGAUGAAAUCAUGGGCUGAAUCUGCGUGGAAAAACAAACGCAUCUCUCUUUCAGAGGCGUUGACUCUUUCGGAGCCAUUAGGUAAAGUAGCGAUCAUAGAUGCUCGUACCACUCGUGUCCUUUAAAGUUCUCAAGUCAACAAUACACAGCUAUAACAAUGGUGUGAAGAGUCUCGAAAGAUGUAAACUUUCAUAACAAAUUUUACGAGUUUGAUGUGUAAAAAUUAACUCGGAAUUUUACAUUUCACAAGAUAUUUUUGCGUCCAGAGUUGGCAACAAAGAAC